AUUUUUUUUCAAAAAUAUAAUAAAUAAACCCCCACUAUACUUUUUCCAUUUUACCCCAAUCUCCGUUUUUGCUCGAGCAUUUCACCAUCGGCUCUCUCUCUUCCCCAGAUCUCUUGCAUCAUCGAAACCAUAAUUCCAGAUGCUGUAGUCAGUUAUUCUGUAUAUUUGAGGAAGAUAGAAAGUAAAAAUGGUGAAGCUGACAAUGAUUGCCCGUGUCACUGACGGGCUUCCACUAGCUGAGGGAUUGGAUGAUGGUCGUGAUGUGAAAGAAAUUGAAAUGUAUAAACAACAAGUGAAGGCUUUGUUUAAGAAUCUCACUACACGCCAAAAUGAGCCUUCAAGGAUGUCCAUUGAAACUGGUCCUUAUGUCUUCCAUUAUAUUAUUGAAGGACGUGUUUGUUACCUCACGAUGUGUGACCGUACUUAUCCUAAGAAGCUGGCCUUUCAGUACUUGGAAGACCUGAAAAAUGAAUUUGAGCGUGUUAAUGGGGUUCAGAUUGAAACUGCUGCUCGACCUUAUGCCUUCAUAAAGUUCGAUACUUUCAUACAGAAAACAAAGAAAUUGUACCAGGACACCCGUACUCAGCGGAAUAUUGCAAAGUUGAAUGAUGAACUCUAUGAAGUUCACCAAGUAAUGACUCGCAAUGUGCAGGAAGUACUUGGUGUUGGUGAAAAACUAGACCAGGUCAGCGAAAUGUCAAGUCGGUUAACAUCAGAAUCUCGUAUAUAUGCUGACAAGGCGAGGGAUUUGAAUAGACAGGCCUUAAUUAGAAAGUGGGCUCCUGUCGCUAUCGUGUUGGGAGUUGUCUUCCUCCUUUUCUGGGUUAAAACGAAGAUCUGGUGAUCCAGUUGCCUUCCAUGGUUUCUGAGAAUUGUUGCAUCAUUUUCCUGGGUUUCUCUGUAUUGCUGUCAAUUAUUUGUGUUCAUGGGAAUCAUUUUGAACUUGAGGGACUUCUGAUUGGGGCUAGAUGCAGGUAAAGACUUGAAUCAUGUUUCAAGUUGAGCUGUAGUUUUUGUUCAGGGGACACUCUGUUUAAAAGGACUUGUACUUUAAGGAGCCCCGACAACCAUUUGGAGCUGUUAAAGAGAGACCCUUUGAUUUACAAGUUAAGGAGCUAAAAUACAUUGGACACAAGCAAAUUUAUAUAUUCUCAAUGCUUUAUAGAGACUAUAUAUUGGUCUACAUGGUUAUGGCCAUCAGUAUGUGAUCUACAAUUACAUUUAUACACUUCCUAGAAGUUUUAAAUUACGUCACGAUUUAUGUGUU